AUGAGCGAGCUCGAGAACAUCCCAGAGAUCUCAGAGACGGUUUACCACACCCCGGCAUCCGGCAGCCCUCCCCCGCCAUCCUCCUCGCCACCAGCAGCCGUCGCAGUCGUAGUCACUUCAACCGCGCCAACCGGCUCAUCUGGCCCCUCCUCUGCCUCUCAACUCAACACUGCCGCUCAGGACCCGCUUCUUAACCCGCCUAUCGCGUCACCAGCCCCAGACCUCCUCUCCCCGAAACCUCAACGGGCACGUUCGAGCUCCCCAGGCUCUGACAUUAGGGCUGCUACGCCGCUCGAGCACCAGGUUGCGGGACAUGCCGGCGUCAUGGCAGACGAGAGUGGAGAGCUGGUAAUCAAGAUCGUCGUGCUAACGCACAUCAACCUUGCCGUAAUCUACCUCCUACCGCCUGGAAUUCGUACGCUCAUUGUCACCUCACCGGUUGUUGUCCUCUACCUUCCCAACACCAACGGCGCCACCAUCUCAUCGCACAUCACAUCACAUGGCGGCUUGGACAUCGUAAUCGCCGGAUCUCUCCCCACUGUGCAGCCUGCCCUCGCUCGUGAGAUUGCUUUCUACACCCAUGUCGCGUCGGCGUCGCGCCACAGCAGUAUUGGCAUGCUUCGUCCCUUCCUUCCCAAGUUUUACGGUACAUUGCGCCUCGAGGGAAGGCAGGAGGGCGGACGCGUUGUCGCCAUUGAUGGCGCGGGAGAGGUGCCCGAGUCGGUCGUCCUCGAGAACAUUUCGCACCCCUUCACCCACCCGUGUAUUCUUGACGCCAAACUUGGACAGACUCUGCACGGUCCGGACGCCACUCCGGAAAAGGCCGCGCGUAUGGAGAAGAAGGCUAGGGACAGUACUAUCAAGGAGAUGGGAAUGAGGUGGACCGGCUGCCAGACAUGGCACGCUCCAACCGAGACCUUCAUCUCAACUCCCCGUUCAUUCGGGUACGCGCUUACUGCCGAUCGCCUCCCAGAAGGCAUGGCUCGCUUCUUUCCCCUUCCGACCGACACAGUCCCACAUCUCAGCGACGACGAGACUCCCAACCCCAACGCUCCCGAGCACUACACCGCCCACGCCAUGCCUCCGGCACUCACCGCCCGUGUCCUGCGCCUCCUCGACGAGGAAAUCUCCCGCCUGGAAACGACGCUCGAGUCUGUUGAGAUCCGUGCAGUCGGCUCGAGCCUGCUCGUCGCAUACGAAGGAGACACCGAGCGUCUCACCCUCGCCCUGGAUCGGUGGGAUGCCAAAAAGGUGCAGGACGCAGCCAAGAGCUUUGCGUCUCGGGACAACGGCGAUGACGAGUCGGACGACGACGACGACGACCUCCUGUCGUCUGAAUCAGACUCGGACGACGACUCUGACCUGGCCGACGACGGGUUUGUCAAGGCCGACAAGAAGCGUGCGCGGCGCGCCCCGCCCAUCGCCGUGCGCCUCAUUGACUUUGCCCACACCUGGCUCGUGGACGGUGACGGCCCCGACGCAGGCGUUCUGCGCGGACUGUCAACUGUGAGGGCGUUGGUGAACGGCCGGUUGGAGGAAGUGGAGAAGUGGAUGGCGGAGCACUCUCCAGCCACUUCGCCUACGCGGGGCAAGUCCGCAGUCGCUGGUGCUGGUGCCGAUGCCGGCGCUGGUGCCGCCCAGCCUGCCUCGCAGCCGAUUGCCGACAAGACGCCCAGCAGCCCUACAGCGCCAGGACGUCCCAUCACGAGCCCCAAACGCGCGGUCGUUGCGCUUCAAUAA